GUGCCUAGGCUGUUUCCAACAGUCACUUCCUUCUUCCUUCACUAUCUUCUUCCCCGGCGCAAUACAGUAAUACACAGCCAAACAAUUCGGAAUCCCAAAAUAGAAUAUCAUACUCUCUUCUGCCUAUGGAUAUAUAAGAGCUCUUGAUUUCUUCUAAAUCCUGUGGAAAGCAUUUAAACAUUUAAAUAAAAGAAAGGGUCUUCGAUGAUGUUGCUGGGAGCAGUUGUUUUUUCUCUUAUCUAUGGGUUUGUUUUGAGUAAGGAAUGUACUAACAUUCCUUCUCAUCUGUCAUCACACACUCUGCGAUAUGAGUUGUUAUCAUCUAACAAUGAAACAUGGAGAGAAGAAAUGUUUGCUCACUACCAUUUGAUUCCGACUGAUGAUUCUGCCUGGUCAAAUUUGCUCCCGAGGAAGAUGUUGAAGGAAGAGGAUGAAUUUGAUUGGGCAAUGAUGUAUCGAAAGAUAAAGAAUUCCGGUCACAAAGGUCUUGGCAAUUUUCUGAAUGAAAUUUCACUCCAUGAUGUGAGAUUGGAUCCCAAUUCAAUAUACGGAAUAGCUCAGCAAACUAACUUGGAGUACUUGUUGUCAUUGGAUGUUGAUAGACUGGUAUGGAGCUUUAGAAAGACUGCUGGUCUGGAAAGUCAUGGACAGCCUUACGGAGGGUGGGAGGCUCCACAUAUUGAGCUUCGCGGUCAUUUUGUAGGGCAUUACCUCAGUGCCUCAGCACAAACUUGGGCUAGUACACACAAUGAGAGUUUGAGAGAGAAAAUGUCAGCUGUUGUUUCUGCAUUAUCUGCUUGCCAACAGAAAAUUGGAUCGGGAUAUUUAUCUGCUUUCCCAUCUGAAUUUUUUGACCGCUUUGAAGCUAUAAAACCAGUAUGGGCACCAUACUAUACAAUUCACAAGAUUUUGGCAGGUCUCUUGGAUCAGUAUACAUUGGCUGGUGAUUCUCAAGCUUUGAAAAUGACAACAUGGAUGGUUGAUUACUUCUAUAAACGUGUACAAAAUGUGAUCGCAAAAUAUACAAUUGAAAGACACUGGAGUUCCUUGAAUGAUGAAGUUGGUGGUAUGAAUGAUGUUCUGUAUAGGCUGUACAGCAUAACAGCUGAACCAAAGCACUUGGUGCUGGCACACCUGUUUGACAAACCAUGUUUUCUAGGUUUGCUAGCUGUUAAGGCUGAUAGCCUGUCAGGUUUUCAUGCAAAUACACAUAUCCCAGUUGUUGUUGGAUCUCAAAUGCGUUAUGAAAUAACUGGUGAUCCAAUUUAUAAGGAAAUUGGGAAGUUUUUCAUGGAUAUUGUUAACUCUUCGCAUGCCUAUGCCACAGGUGGAACAUCAGUCAAUGAAUUGUGGUCAGAUCCAAAGCGGCUGGCCAGCACACUACAGACUGAGAACGAAGAAUCAUGUACAACAUAUAACAUGCUAAAGGUGUCUCGACACUUGUUCAGAUGGACUAAGGAAAUUGCAUAUGCCGAUUAUUAUGAGCGAGCCUUAAUAAAUGGUGUACUCAGCAUCCAGAGAGGAACAGACAUUGGAGUGAUGAUUUAUAUGCUUCCAUUACGCCCUGGUGGUUCCAAAGCCCAUAGCUCUGAUGGAUGGGGUACAAAAUUUGAUUCUUUCUGGUGUUGCUAUGGAACAGGAAUUGAAUCAUUUUCCAAGUUGGGGGAUUCUAUAUACUUUGAAGAGCAAGGAAAUUCUCCAGGAAUCUACAUCAUCCAGUAUAUACCUAGUUCGCUUGAUUGGAAAUUGGGUCAGAUCAAGCUGAGCCAGAUCAUAAAGCCAGUUGCUUCAUGGGAUAAUCACCUUCAUGUGACAAUUCCAGUAACAUCAAAGCAGGAAUCUAGCCCGCCAUCUACAUUAAACUUAAGAAUACCAACUUGGACGUCUGCAGAAGGUGCAAAAGCCACGCUAAAUGGAAAACCUUUGUCUCUGCCACCACCAGGAAACUUCUUAUCAAUCACCAAAAAUUGGACCUCAAGUGAUAUAAUCACCCUUGACCUACCUCUCAGUCUUAGAACUGAGGCCAUUAAAGAUGAUCGUGCAGAAUAUGCGUCUGUACAUGCAAUUCUUUAUGGUCCUUACCUUCUUGCUGGUCUCUCCCGAGGUGAUUGGGAUAUCAAUACAACAUCAGCAGGUUCUCUUUCGGACUGGAUAACUCCAAUCCCAUCUGACUACAACUCUCAUCUGAUUUCUCUUUCCCAAAAGUCUGGAAAUGGAACGUUUGUGCUGGCAAACUCAAACCAAUCAAUAAUUAAAAUGGAGAAAUGCCCAGAAGCCGGAACAGAUUCUGCCAUCAAAUCCACCUUCAGACUCAUAUCAAGACCCACAUCUAAAGUCCUCUCAGAACCCAAAGAACUCAUAGGGCAGUCUGUGAUGCUAGAGCCACUUGAUUACCCAGGAACACUAAUGAAGCAUUGGGGCAAAGACGAAAGCAUAGUAGUCGAAACAUUCUCAGACGAGAGCGGCUCUUCUGAGUUUCGUUUGGUGAGUGGCUUAGACGGUAAGGAUGACACAGUUUCCCUAGAGUCAGAAGACCACGAAGGUUGCUUCAUUUAUAGCGGCGUCGACUAUGAACCCGGUUUAGGUGUCAAGCUUGGGUGCAGUGGUGAAUACCCAGAUGAUGAUGAUGCUUUCAAACAGGCUGCAAGCUUUAAACUGGAAACUGGGAUCACUCAAUAUCAUCCUAUCAGCUUUGUGGCAAAGGGAGGAUCAGAAAGGAACUUCCUUUUGGUUCCAUUAUAUAGUUUGAGAGAUGAAUCUUAUACUGUGUAUUUUAAUAUUCAUGGUAUAGGACUGCCACCUGAAUCUGAGCAUAGGUUGUGGGAUCAUUAACAGGGUAAAUGACCGAUUUACGAAAUCGUGGCCGACCCGUUUUGUAGAUCAGUCGACUUCAUAACAUUACUUUUUGCCUCCCUUGAAGAACUUAAAAUGCUAAUAUUUGCUACGGAGUACUACUUUUACAUUUAAUACUCAUUCUGAAAA